ACAAAAACAAUGAACUCAGAACAGGCUGUUGUGAACUGUGUGGACUGAAGAACGUUUGGACGCCUUUACAGUGUUUACAUGCUAUAUUAAGGGCUUUUAUUAGAUAAAAAGUGAAGAAAAUUAGGUUUUCCAUGUGAUGGGCCCUUUAAAUGUUGCUAUCAGAGCUCGCCAGGAAAUCCAGUCUUCCUGUGAUUCAUACCGAGCCUCCAGCUUUUCACUGAAGUCAGGCUUGACCUCAUAAAAACCUACAGACGGACAUACACACCGCUUCUUACACAUUACACUAUUUCUACAUGAUUUUCGCGAUCUUGAAACGACGUUAAGAUCUCCUGCAGCACAAGGAACAGCUCAGCUUUCCAUCAAAGGGCAGUACUCCCUCGCUGACAGUGAAGUGUCGCCCCCGUGUGGACUCGUAUUGUAACGUCAGAGAUGCGUCACGGUGGUGAUUCCCCCACGCAAUAAUUAAUUCAAACCACGCUGAUCGUUUCUUUCUCUGUGCUACCACACCCGUGUUAGCAGGAUGUCUGAAAAGGGAGCAGACAUGGUCAUCCCUCCUGAGCUGCCUGGGAUUCUGAAGCAGUUUACUAAGGAUGCCAUCAGAACCCAGCCAGAAGAUCUGCUUGAAUGGUCCACAGUCUACUUCAGUGCCUUGGUCCAAGGACAGCCUCUCCCAGUGAGAAAAGUGCCUAAGAGAGUCUUCACCACAGACCUUACACCUGUGGCCCUAACAGCCAUGCACUCGCAGCUGAGUAUGAAAAGCACAGUAAGUAAGAAGGAGGUGCGCUCUGCAUGGAAGAGACUUGGCCUGCCAGACGCACUCCUUAAACACAUCUACAAAGUUGGCUGCUUUGGAGCAGAGCUGGACUGGAUCAAAUUCUUUGCCCUGUGCUGCAGCUACCUAGGAGGGACCAUCAAGGUCGCCAUGGCUCAUGCUUGCUACAUCAUGAACUGUGACCCCACCUGUAAAUCUCCUGAUGCCUGUGUGCCGUUCGAGACCUUUCGUUACCUGUACACAUACCUGGCUGCGGUGGAUGGGGAUGUGCCUCAGUGGCAAAUGGACAGGGCACUCACUUACCUGGAAACACAAGCGAAGGUGUGCAACGGAGUGGUGAAGGUGUCUGAUUUCAUCAACAGCCGCAAAGUGCGCCUGGAAUGAGUUCGCUAAUGGCAUAACGGGAGGAAAGGCCUUCACUAAAACCUCAUCAAUCCCUCUCCCCAAGGACUCCAUCAGCCAAUAAAACCAGAGUCACAACAA